AUGGAUACCGCCUCAGACAACACGCUCAGCCGCUCGAGCAGCCGCUCCAAGCGAUCGAGGGUGUUCUUCGGGCACCGCCACCGCGACUCCGUGGCCAGCUCGGCGGCUGCCGACACCGACGCCAGCGGCACCGGGCUGCGCUCAUCGCUCGACGAGGCGCUCGGCAAGCUCAGGCAGCGCGCAAACUCGCACGCGUCGGCAGAUAGCAGACGCGGCAGCGGCAGCGUGGACUCGCCAAAGCACCUCUCGGCCCUGUUCAAACGGCGGGCCAGGAAGACCGGGGGCGCAGGCUCCGACGAAAGCGCUGAUGAAGACGCCCUUGGCGGGGGCGCUCUCAGCUUCGGCCAGCUCAGCCACAGCGACGAAUCUCUGCAGCUCCACAAGAGCGUCGCGUCCAGCCUCCUGACUGAGGACAGCGACUCGGAAGCACCUCCCGUCAGACCCUCUCUUUCCCCACAUCAAUCCCACGCCGGCUACUUAACCCUCUCCUCGCCCUUGAUUGCCUCGCUGGCCGUCAAAGCUCCCUCCGUCGCCAGACUCUCGACCUCUGGGACCUCUUCCUCGCACGACGACACCCUGGCUCCCAAGCACGCCGACACUCUUCAGCCCGAAUCGAAGGAGCGGCGCGGCUCAUCCCCCGCCAGGAAAUUCAAAGGCGCAUUUGGCCAGAAGAAGUCGCCGUCUCCGAAGGGAACGACAGAGCCGCUCAAGUCCACCGAGCGAGGCGGAGGUGGUGGACUGGGCUCUCUGUUUGCGGGGGGGAAGAAGUCGCGGAGCAGUUCCAAGGUCAGCCUUGUCGACGAGGCAUUGCAGGACACGGCACAGGCCCAACAGCCCGAGGAGCAGCAGCAGCCGCCUGCGUUGAAGCGCGUUGAGACUCCACCCACCAACAUCUCGACCGCGAAUCCGGAGACCCCGCCAUCAAAGCUCAUUCAUGCUCCCACCACCGUCCUAACCCCGCCCACUCCUACCACUCUAGAAGCGCCGCCGAGCCUGUUCAAGAGACCCUCAUCGUCAUCCAGGGCAGAGCACAAGUCUACGUACUCGAAUCCCAACGUUGUUGUAACACCUUCCGGCAGCCUUGUCCAGCGCCGUGCCCGAUCGGCCACUACCAACUCCAAUCCCCCGAGCAAACUCUCGCACGUUGCUACCGUUCCUCUAACGCCAACGCUCGAGGAGACCAAGACACCCGGUGGUAGUCUAUCGCAGCCCCCAAGCGGCUUCUUCUCGUCCGUCUUCUCAGCCGCGCAGAACGCUGCCAGCUCGCUGAGCAAUAUCACAACGAUCAACCAGGGCCAGAAAGUCAAGGCUUCUGUCGCGGAUACUGAGAACACCGGUCCAGCUGGUGGAGAGGAAGUGGUCGGCGGCGGCUCUGACCAGGACAACGCGGACGACGCAGGCGCUGAGAAGAAGCAGCUCGCCGUUGAAACUCUUGGCUCUGGGGACUUGAGCCUCAGCCAUCUGGGAAUCUCUGAGACGGAUUCUGAACCGAAUCAAAUGGCCUCUACGACAGAGCUGGCCGAAGCCCGGCCACUCACGCCGACUGUGAUUGAUGCAGACGAGGCAUCUGCAAGAGCCGAGGACAGCGCAGCCGCCAAGGCUGUAUCCGAAGCUUAUCUGCAAGGGCCGCUAGACUCAGGCGCCCUUAAUGUCGAACGGCAACGCUCGCUUUCCGGCUUAUCAGACACGCAAAGACCAUCAAGCAAGACUGGCGACGAGGGGGAAACCCGUCUUAGCCGUUCUGGCAGUGUUCGCAGUCGCCUUAGCGAUCGUAAUAACAAAAAGGGGCGGCGACACCGCGGAAGCUCCGCUGCAACCUCUACCGCGCUUGGGCCCACACAAACCAACAGUACCACCACUUUACCGAGCACCAAUGUUGGCGUUGGUAACGGCUCACGGUUAACAGGCUUCGCCGUCGCGAGCCGGAAGCGGAACCGAGACUUUCACAACCAGUUCAGGAGCGUACCGGAAGAUGACUACCUUAUUGACGAUUACAGCGCCGCCUUGCAGCGAGAUAUCCUCUUGCACGGCAGGCUGUACGUGUCGGAGGGCCACAUCUGCUUCUCGAGUAAUAUCCUGGGUUGGGUAACGAACUUGGUCAUUAGCUUUGAUGAGGUCGUAUCUGUGGAGAAGAAGAGUACCGCAGUCAUCUUCCCUAACGCAAUUGUGAUCACGACGUUGCAUGCCCGCAAUGUUUUUGCUAGUCUGGUCAGCAGAGAUCCGACUUACGAUUUGCUGGUAGGAAUCUGGAAGAUCAGCCAUCCUAACCUCAAGAGCUCUCUGAAUGGCGUGGCGCUUGAUGCAGGGACCGGAGACAAAACCGAAAAGGCCGACAUUCCAGACGUGAUUGAUGAUGGCUCAGAGGAGGGCUCGGAAGAGGAGGUCUACGAUGAAGACGAUGAUGACGAGGACGGUGCUGCGAGCUUCACGGGCCCAAGUGAGGGCAGUAUCAUUGGCAGCGACGCAGAACCUGUCAAGGCCAUCAGCCGGAAGCCGUCUGCCAACCCAGUGGGAGGCGCUGCCAACGGUGUCACCGCGGCCGGUGGCGGGACUGUAGCCAACGGUGCCGCCACGGGAGCGCAAGACUUCCCCGGACCCGCUACACAUGCACCGACUGAGUGCGGAGAUGAAGGCGAGCACUUCAGCAACCUCCUUAUCGAUACGACCAUUCCUGCACCCCUUGGAAAAGUCUACUCAUUGAUGUUUGGACCAGCUUCUGGUACUUACAUGCGAAAGUGGCUGAUUGAGGAUCAAAAAUCCAUGGAUCUUCAAAUGGAAGACGACAAGAAAGGCUUGGGUGAAGACCGCAAGUCAUUCUCGUUUUCCUACAUCAAACCGUUGAAUGCAUCAAUCGGCCCCAAGCAGACGAAAUGUAUGAUCAACUCCACGCUGGACCAAUUCGACCUGGACAAAGUUGUUACAGUCACCUGUAACACUCAAAACCCAGACGUACCCAACGGCAACAUCUUUGUCGUCAAGACGAAAUACUGCCUGAUGUGGGGACCGGCCAACUCGACACGUCUCAUCAUGACCUUUGUAAUUGAGUGGUCAGGCAAGAGUUGGCUGAAGGGUCCUAUCGAAAAAGGAACGAACGAUGGCCAGACCCAGUACGCCAAAGAUCUGGUUGCUGGCCUGAAUGCAGCCGUCUCCGCGAAGGGGCCCUCCAAAAGCGGAGGCAAAGGCGGCAAGAAAGGCGGCAAGCGGAAGAAAGAUGCAUCAUCUCCCGCACGCGCUGAAGCUGCUGCCGCAGCGUCACCAACCGCGGCGGAUAAGAGCUCAAACUGGGGACUUCUGGAGCCGCUGCACGGCCCUCUUCGCCCCGUCACAGACAUGCUUCCAGACUUCAUCUCGGCCCAAGUGGUCAUCGCCUUUCUCCUGUUCCUCAUGUUCAUCUCAUGGCUUCGUUCGCCCUCAUCCUCUGCGGCCGCUCGCGGCGGCUACGGCGUACACGGCAGCCUUGGCGUGCCGGGUCUGGCCACGCCGGCGCGCAUCAUCGCAUACGAGGAGAUGUGGCGUCGCGAGGAGAGCGAGCUGUGGGACUGGCUUGAAGAACGCGUACGCAUGGACCGCGCGGCCGCCGGUACCCCACUCCAAAGCCAGAGCAGCAGCACCUCGACGCGCAAGCAACAGGUCAAGCAGAUGGGCGAACGCCUUGACAGCGAUGUGCGCAUGAGUCAGCGCCAAAUUGAGGAGGCGCUCCGCGUCACGCAGGAACGCCUCGAGGUGCUGAGGGAGGCGGUCGAGAAGAAGAGGCCUGUGGUGGCAACGGCAGAUGCCUCGGAGUCAUCUGCCGCACCUGCGACGGAGGAGUUCUCGUCUUCUUCCCCUCUGGCGGCAUAA